GCCAGGCGGUAGGAUUCGAGCACGUGGGUGGGGUACAUAUUUCACCAUGACAAUCACUCACGCUCUCAGAGGGAUUAAUAUUCAUUCGCUUGGAUGUCAAACAGAAUUUUAGUAACAUAAUAAUGAUUGAUUAUUUUCAUUUUUGCUAAGAAGAGAGGACAAGAUUUAAUAAAUCCCUAAAAAAUCGAGAAUAUGUACUAAAAAUAUAGGAAAAACUUUCUCUAUUUUUUGUUGACGCGGAGAAAUUCGGCGUGUGGACAGUUGUAAUUCGUCAGAAGAACUGGAAGGAACCGUUUCGUUUACAAUCAGACAAAUACAACCAAAUAUGUCGUAUAUAUCGCGGAAAAAGGAAAAAAGUCUAUGGGAUGAAAUAUGUAAAGAAUUUGCUCUCAUGCGUCCACCAUUCCAGCUGGAUGAUGAUGGAGGAUCAGUCGUCACAGAGAUCAUCGACUACAACCCCGCAGCUCAUUCACCUGUCAUGUUUGGUCACAUGUAUGAGAAGGUAGAACAUGCCGACACAGACCUUACCAGUGAAUUCAAUCCUGCCGUCUCUCACCCAGCAGCUGUAGGCUACACCAUGAUAGAGAAGCCCUCGAGGGAACCGACCCCUCGCCCAGCACCAAAACCUCCCAAAGACACUUGUACACCAAGAGAGUACCAGGAACACUAUAUCUUCCCCAUUCUGCUGCCAGCAUUGCUAGCAAUGCUAAAGCAAGCCAAAAAGGAAAGGUGUUUUGAGAGGAGGCGCUUUCGCUUCAAUGGUUUAGAUUUUUUGACUGAGUACCUUUGGAGGCAUAAUCCAGGCAUGACUGGUAGGGAGCAUGACAACCUUGAUGAAAUCCCAUUUGUUAAAUCCAUUCUUGCUGAAAACCCGAGACCUCCUCUUCCACUUUCUUUGAUUUGGAGUGAGGUUGAAGCAGCCACUAUCAUUCAAUCUUUCUUCAGAGGAUAUAAGGUCAGGAAGAUGGAGCACAUCCAGGAGCUGCGGCAAUGGCAGAAGGAGUGGCGGGAGGAGAACGCAAACAUCAAGGACAAAGUGGAGCACUUCUGGAUGGAGCAUGAACCCGGUCCAGCCCAGGAGGAGCUCCGUCGGAGUGCCAAGCAUAACAGGAGCCAGGGAUACCCAGCUUGCUUCAGGCUCCGGACAUGGAGCCCCAGCCCGGAGCCAGUCCCAUCUCCACCAGAGCUGGAGGUGGACGCUUCGGAGGUGGAUGGCACGACGACAGCUGGAGAUCAGUUAUCGCGUACAGCUGCAACAGAGAGGACAGGCUCUGUGGCUUCGACUGUCCCGUCAACAACAGUUUCAUCAAACAAGAGGACAAUUGUGUCGUAGUGGAAUUGACAAGAAAAAUAAUGGUCUUUCAAGAACUGUGUAUGUGCACUGGUUAUACCUAUGGAGAGUGUAGCAAAAUCAAUUAAAGAUGGGUGGUAUUUCAUUAAGCUGUGAGUAAGUUUUAAGUUGUUCAAGUUUUAAAAGAGCUUUAUGAAAUGCCCCCCCCCCCCUCCCCAUGUUUCAUAAAGGUGGCUAUGUCAAGGCUGAUCUAUGCAAACAACAUGCAUAGACUGGUCCCUUCAAACAAACUUUGUCAGUGUAUGCAUGCUUGUCAUUGUCAUCUAUUUCGAUGCAAGGGCUCACUUCUGUAGUAAUUGUUAGCAAAAAUACAUAAACCAUCACCAAUAAAACUUUACCACUUUUGCAACAAAGCUCAACAAGAAUUUUUCUUAGUGUUCAGAUACAAUGUGACAAAUCCCUGACGGUAUCAUAUGCUUCAUCUAUCAAAAGAUUAAUCCGAAGUUGUGCAGACAGUCUUAUAAUGAUGUGAAGAUUUUAUUUUGAUAUGGAAAGCAAUGUUAAUGGUGUCAUGAGCCUUUCUAUGCAACUUGGAAAAUUUGUUUAUAUAGUUGAAUGGAUAUGUUCACCCUAACCCUGAACAAUCAUGUGUUUUAAGCCAUGGUUACUGAUGACUUGGAACAAAAAAAAUGUUUAAUUCAAUUGCAUCAUUCAUGUGGAUGCCUAAUAAUUAAUUUUGCUAAAAGUUUUCUGAGCUUUUGCGUCAUAUCUCAAUAAACCUCUUUCCUGCACUGGUAAUAAACUAAAUAGUAGGACAUGAAAUUUAGUUUUCGAACGAUAAAAAUAUAUCUUUUAUUAUAUGAUUAUAAAGUAUCAGUAGAAUAUAUCAAAGUGCAUUUCAGAAUAUCAUAUUAAAAUUUUAUUUUAUUCACAUAAUUAAAUCACAAUCAAAUGUAAUUCAGUGUAAAAAAAUUAGAAAUGACAAAUGAAAUUUUUAUGAAACUAUUCAUAAUUGCAUUGAUGCAAUGCUGUAAUGAAUAGAAUGUUGUAAAUGUGUUAACUUACUAUAAUAUUCAGAUACUCCCAACUCGACUUAAUCUUAGUACGUCUUUCACUUCAACUUUAAGGCCAAUGUUGUUAGAUCUCAUGUUUGUAUUUGAAUUCCUCCAUACUCCACAAAUCAAACUCAGAUUUCAUCCAGUGCCAUCUAGAAUUUGGUCUGAUUUUAUGAGGGUUUUUGAGUCGCAUUUAAAACAUUUUCUACAAUAGGUCCCACGUGGAAAAUCUACACGAUAAAGCAGGUUAAGGUCUCUGAAUAUUAAGGCAGGGUUUGACUCCUGGGGCCUGUUUCAUACAUGUAAUUGCAAUAACAGUUAAUAAAAGCUACUGAAAUCCUUCAAUUUGGUUGGUUGAUGGGACAUUUGUUAUAGAUAUUGUGUGCGGUACUUGUUAUUACAACAAUAUUAUAAUUAUUUAUAUUAUAAGUCUUUAUGAAACAGUACCCUGAUGUCUGUUUCAUAAACCUGUUUGGAAGUUACACAUGACUUUAUGAAUGAUUGGUCUAUGUUCUAGUUAUAAAUGAUAAACUAGUACCCAAAAUUUCCUUGCUGUUUACCAAAGUGGGACUUAAUUUCCAAGGCUCUAAUCCAAUGUGACAAAGUACGUUAUCAUUUAAAUACUUGUUGACAACAAUGAUCAUAUUUAUUCUUUAGCUUUUGGGGAUUCAAAAUUAUUGAGAAUUAGUUUAGUAUCCUAGAACAGUUUCCAGUUCAUAUAGUCAUGUAGAACUUUACCACUUCAUUAAACAGUGCCCUGGACCCCGUCUUACAAAGAGUUGUGAUUGAUCCGAUCAACCACAACUAUGGACGGCCGGCAACGUCAACAUCUAAAAUGAUGAUUUGUUCAAAAUAUUUUCUUUUAUAUGACAUAAAUUCAUACAUUCAUCUGUCUCUUCAAGAUUCAGAGUGAUUCUCUAUGUUUAAUACAGAAAUUGUGCAAACUCACUGUAGAAAAAAAUUAUGGUAUGGAUGGAUUUCCACACAGUUGAGAUUGAUUGGAUCAAUCUUAUCUCUUUGUAAGAUGGGGCCCUGGAUUCUUGCUAUUUCAAAUUAUUUGAAUGCAUUUACCUUCCAAAACAUACUACUUUAAAUGAAGUACAAGUAUUUGUUAGCUUGAAACUAACUGCAUAAGUUUUCUACCUCUGAAGGAAAUAUAUAAUCAGUAAAAUCAUACUGCAUGCAUGAUUUGUAAUUCCAAUUUAUGAUUGCAUUAUCAUAUCAUAUAUCCCUGAUUUUCAUGAAUAUUUAUGAAUUCAUACUUAUCACAAUAUGUAAAUUUAAAUAUACUAGAAAAAAAUACAGAAAAUAUAUAAUGUACAAUGACGAACAAUUUGAGGAUGCCCAAACCAAAUAUAGACAUGUAAUACUAUAUGUAAUAACUACAUUUACAUGUUAAAUCUAAAGCAAUUACAUAAAAAGACAUGCUAAACUAGGAGUUGUUGAAUGUGACAGAAAUGCACUCUGAACAAGAACAUAUUGUUUAUAUCACUAGGCUUACUAAUGCAAGUUGAUUUCUGUUGUAUUUCUGCAUAAACCACAUAGUUCAUCAUUCAAAAAUGAUUCGCAAGGUUUAAUAGUGUUAAAUGAUUUUUCAAACUUGAUAACCCCCCCCCCCCCCUUUCUCAUAUAUAAAAAAAUUGAAAUUCUCCCUAUCAUACACUACCACUGACAAAAUUUGUUAAUAAGCAAUAAGCUAUCAAAAAUAAAGCAAUAUAUAUUUUUACAGAUAGUGAACAUAUUGCUACCAGCUUGUGUAAAGCCCCUUUCACAAUUGACGUACGACCAUUUGCGACCUUUUGGUCGUGCGACAGGCUGCAACAGGCAUCAAUCGCUAGUCAUCUCAUAAGAUCGCACAGAGGCUUUCACAGUUGCAACAGCUGUCGUACAACAAAAACAACCAGUAAACCCCGUUGCACGAGUAAGUCGCAUAUGCUCUUAUUGUGCUCGUGCGAUCACAUGCGAGUGUUGCACGAGGGAUUGCGAGCGGAACGGUCGCAUACAUGCAAAUGAAACGGUAGUGCAAUGUUGUAAGCCGUUGCGAUCGGUCUUGCAACAGUCUUAUGGCCCAUAUUUUUAUCGCAACCAGUCGCAAGACAGGUCUCUGUACAUGUAGGUCGCUUGCACAUGUGCAAGUGUUGCACGACCUCCAGUCAAGUAAAUGCGACUACUUAGUUGUACCACCUCUCGCACCAAGUCGUACAACGUUGAACAACACUCGCACGAUGAUCGCCCGACCGAUGGUACGACCCCGGGUACGGCCUGAUGCGAGUGAAUCGAUCGUAUUUGAUCGCGUUCGGAUUUUGAACAUGUUCAAAGUUCAGAUGUGACCAGUCACGACCACCUCGAGUUCGUGCGACCGUCUACAACGACUGCGAGUGCUCGCAAGACACCAAGAGAUCGAUCGUGCAACAACAAGAAAAAACUGUUGCAGGCGGUCGUAAACUGGUCGGACGUCAAUUGUGAAAGGGGCUGAACGGUCGCAUACAUCCGAAUGCAACGGUAGUGGAAUGUAGUAAGCCGUAAUUUCGAUCGGUCUUGCAACAGUCUCAUAUUAUCGCACCCAGUCGCAAGACUGGUUUCUGUAGGUCUCCAGCACAUGUGCAAGUGUUGUACGACCUCCAGUCGACUAAAUGCGACUAUACUUAGUUGUGCCACCUCUCGCACCAAGUCGUACAACGUUGAACAACACUCACACGAUGAUCGCCCGACCGAUGGUACGACCUGUUGCGAGUGAAUCAAUCGUAUUUGAUCGCGUUUGGAUUUUGAACAUGUUCAAAGUUCAGAUGCGACCAGUCACGAUCACCUCCGACCACCUCGAGUUUGUGCGAUCGUCUACAACGACUGCGAGUGCUCGCAAGACACCAAGGGAUCGAUCGUGCAACAACAAGAAAAAACUGUUGCAGGUGGUCGUAAACAGGUCGUACGUCAAUUGUGAAAGGGGCUUAACAGAAAGAAUUGGAGUAAAACAUAUAACCUGGAAUAAUACUCUCCAUACUGAUGCCAGGGUGUGAUAGCAUUUACUAUCUUGACAUUGUAUGUUUGUCAAUAAACCAGUUGUCAGCUCUGAAAAAAAAUAGAGUUAGAACUUUACAUUGUACAGUAUGUAACAAAAUAUAUUUGCUUAUUAUUGAUGUCAUGUAAAUAUGUAUAUUUCUGUAACAUAGCAAUGAUGUUGUACAUAAAGAUGGAAACAAUGAGAUCUAUACAACACUAUAAAUGCCCUUGAAAAGAAUGUACAAAAUUUAUGUGACUUUUAUUAAAGUGUCCCUUAAACCAGCAAAUGCCAA